AUGAGCAGGGUUUGCUGUCCAGUCUUACCACCACCACCACCACCACCAAGACUGUGCACCAGCCCAACCUACACACAGGGUAGAAUUUUGUUUUUAUUUUUAUCUGAAAUUCAUCUAAUGUAUUGAUAAAUCAAUUGCUAUAGUUUUCAUUAUGAUGUAGAUUAUAUGUAGGAUAAUUUUUCCCUAUCUAUUGAAGUACUUUUCAUAGCUUCAACAAUGGCAUCUGGCAUUGGUUUUAGACCUGCAUUUAGAUUUUGUGUAGAUAUUUCAUACCAAUGUACUGUAUAUUCAAAGCUUGCUAGUGGACUUUCAGUUUUUAAUUAGGUUAUGCAAUUUUGUAAAAUUCAACAUGUGGAUGCAGAGUAAAAUCCUCAAUGGCCUCAUGGCCUCAAUUGUCAUAUGGAAUAUUUUGUAAGGAGUCUACCUAUAUCCAUACAGGACUAAGAAUGGAACAUUUCGAGAUGAAGAGCAUUCUGAAGGUGUCUAGUAAGUAUUUUCCCCUACUGACAAUAUUAUAUGUACAUAUCAUAAUAUUAGAUAUGUUAUACAUUAUUAUCUUGUACAGAUAUACAGUGCCUUCUGAAGGUGUCUAGUAAGUAUUUUUCCCUACUGACAAUAUUAUAUGUACAUAUCAUAAUAUUAGAUAUGUUAUACAUUAUUAUCUUAUACAGAUAUACAGUGCCUUCGGAAAGUAUUCAGAACCCUUGACUUUUUCCACAUUUUGUUAGGUUACAGCCUUAUUCUAAAAUUGAUUAAAUAGUUUUUUCCCCUAAUCAAUCUACACACAAUACCCCAUAAUGACAAAGCAAAAACAGGUUAUAAUUUUUUUUUGCUAAUUUAUAAUAAAAAAAAUAACUGAUAUCACAUUGACAUAAGUAUUCAGACCCUUUACUCAGUACUUUGUUGAAGCACCUUUUGCAGCGAUUACAGCCUCAAGUCUUCUUUGGUAUGACGCUACAAGCUUGGCACACCUGUAUUUGGGGAGUUUCUCCCAUUCUUCUCUGCAGAUCCUCUCAAGCUCUGUCAGGUUGGAUGAGGAGCGUUAAUGCACAGCUAUUUUCAGGUCUCUCCAGAAAUGUUGUCAUUAUGCAGUAUUGUGUGCAGAUUGCUGAGGAUAUUUUUAUUUAUUUAAUCCAUUUUAGAUUAAGGUUGUAACGUAACAAAAUGUGGAAAAAGUCAAUGGGACUGAAUACUUUCCGAAGGCACUGUAUAUAUGUGAUCGUAUACAAAUGUAAGCAAGGUUUGAAAUUAUUAUGUUUUAGUGAAAUAUUCUAUCUGUUUGGGCUUCUUGCGGUCAAUUUGCAAUCUACAAAUGAUUUGUAAUUAUGUUCUGGCCCCCUGACCUUCCGCUCAACAAAAAUAUAAAUGCAACACGCAACAGUUUCAAAGAUUUUACUGAGUUACAGUUCAUAUAAGGAAAUCGGUCAAUUUAAAUAAAUAAAUUAAAACCAUAAUCUAUGGAUUUCACAUAACUGGGAAUACAGAUAUGCAUACCUUAAAAUAAAGGUAGGGGCGUGGAUCAGAAAACCAGUCAGUAUCCGGUGUGACCACCAUUUGCCUCAUGUACCGCGACACAUCUUCACAUAGAGUUGAUCAGGCUGUUGAUUGUGGCCUGUGGAAUGUUAUCCCACUUCUCUGCAAUGGCUGUGGGCGAAGUUGCUGGAUAUUGGUUGGAACUGGAACAUGAUGUCGUACACGUCGAUUCAGAACAUCCCAAACAUGCUCAAUGGGCGACAUGUCCGGUGAGUAUGCAGGCCAUGGAAGAACUGGGACAUUUUCAGCUUCCAGGAAUUGUGUACAGAUCCUUGCGACAUGGGGCUGUGGAUUAUCAUGCUGAAACAUGAGGUGAUGGUGGUGGAUGAAUGGCACGACAAUGGGCCUCACGAUCUCAUCACGGUAUCUCUGUGCAUCAAUUGCCAUCUGUAAAAUGCAAUUGUGUUAGUUCUCAGUAGCUUAUGCCUGCCCUACAUAACCCCAUCGCCACCAUGGGGCACUCUGUUCACAAAGUUGACAUCAGCAAACCGCUCACAGUUGUGAGGCCGGUUGGACAUACUGUCAAAUUCUCUAAAACGACAUUGGAGGUGGCUUAUGGUAGAGAAAUCAACAUUAAAUUCUCUGGCAACAGCUCUAGUGGACAUUCCUGCAGUCAGCAUGCCAAUUACGCGCUCCCUCAAAACUUGAGACAUCUGUGGCACUGUGUUGUGUAUCAAAACUGCACAUUUUAGAGUGCACCUGUGUAAUGAUCAUGCUGUUUAAUCAGCUUCUUGAUAUGCCACACCUGUCAGGGGGAUGGAUUAUCUUGGCAAAGGAGAAAUGCUCACUAACAGGGAUAUAAACACAUUUGUCCAUACAAUUUGAGAGAAAUGUGUUUUUGUGCAUAUGGAAAUGUUCUGGGAUCUUUUAUUUCAGCUCAUGAAACAUGGGACCAACACUUUACAUUUUGCAUUUAUAUUUUGUUCAGUGUAGUUGAUGAUCCCUGCAGUAUUGUAUAUACAUUACAUAAAUUAUAUAUCACUAAUAUAAUAUUGUGACCUUUUUCGUUGACUAAUAAUCAUGUAACCUUUGUUUAGAACUACUGUAUUUUGAAUUGCAUGACAUUAUAUUAAAUGUGACUACAUGGAUAAUUAUCUAUUGUUCUAAUAUGGAUAAUUAAUUGAUUCCAAACUGGUAUUAAAUCUUUAUCUAAUCAGAUCACAAUCGUCCAAUAGUUUCAUCAAAUCAUCAAAUACAAGCGUUGAUCAAUCAAUUUUAGAACACUACUGUUAUCUACUACCAUCUAUCCACUGUAUUGUACUGCCGGUGUACUACCAUUGAAACAUUUUAAUAUCCGUUCAUAGGACUUGGCCGCUUCAUAAUAAGUAAAAAUGCACAAUAGAGCAAAUAGUUACUAUUUUAUUAUUGUUUACCUUUUAAAGGUCCAAUGCAGCCGUUUUUAUCUCAAUAUCAAAUCAUUUCUGGUAACAAUUACUGUGAUUUGUUUUCCAUUAAAAUGGUCCAAAAAAUAAACAGCUUCUUCCAACUGGGCACACACUGGUUGAAUCAACGUUUUCCCCACGUCAUUUCAACGAAAUUAUGUUGAACCAGCAUGGAAUAGACAUUGAAUUGACUUCUGUGUCCAGUGGGUUAACAAAGAGCAAUUUCUCAAGCAAUAAUUUUGCUAGGACUAUCUGGAAGUGGUCUGAGUGGGGAGGGGAAAACUGAAACUAGCCGUUAAAACUAGCUCUCUUUCUUAUUGGUCUAUUAACUAAUUUACGGCCUGGUGAUGUCCAUCCCACCACAACAGCCUGAAUUUUCAGGCGGUCUUUCCAAACAGCUCUUACACUAAAAGGGCAUUAUCAUAAUUUUCCCAAUUUCACAGUAUUAUUCCAACCUCCUUGUGUGAAAAUAUAUAUAAAACACAGGACAAUCUCAUUUUUGACUGGCCUUUAAGCAAUAACUCAUUUGAUUUAAUUAAAUCUGACGUAAAGUUAAAUGUAUACGCUUAGUUAAAUGUGACUCAAAUGUAUCUGUGCCCCCCACCCCUCAUCCACUCUAAUCUCAUUUUAUCACUAUUUCACCUCCAGAGCAUAACUCCCAGCUGAAGUUGGAGCGCUCUACCCAGAGUCAAUCCAUCGGGGCGGUGCGCUGGAACCUUCCUGAUGAGGAACUCCAGGCCCACAGCUCAGCCCCUACCAGCCCCUGCAAGAGCAGCGCCCCCUCCACACAACGCUCAUCGGUAGGCUACACACGUGCACACACACCUCAAUCCACUCACAGCAUCACAUCAGCAUCCAGUCCAUCCAAAACAGUUAAAUUGUCUACUCUUCUACCUGUAUCUGUUCCUUUGUACUCUUUUUCUACAUUUGCCUGCCUACCUGUUCAUGCUGUCUGUGUGUGUAUGUCUCUUGUAGCAACACCCUCGUCAGAAUGGCAUGAAGAACCUGCGCAGUCUGCAGGAGUGUGUCCGCUUCAUCAACCACUGGAAGGAGCAGGUGGCCCAAGUCUGCAAGGUACAGUAGGACCCUGAGAGGGAGAGAGAGAGAGGAGAGGGGGGGGGGGGAAGACAUACAUCUAUAGAAAGAACAAGGGAGGAGGGAACAAAAGCAGUAACUGAGAAAGUUCAGGGGUGCAAAUGUAUUUCCAAUGUUAGUAUGAUAGUAUUAGUGAUAGUAUUAUUUUGUGUGUGUGUGUGGGGGGGGGGGGGGGGGGGGGGUCGCGGGCCUCCCAGAUCAAAAUCUGUCUAACUUUUCUCUCAGCCUCAUGGCAAAAUGUGAACAAAAGCAUGAGAUGAGCUAUAAAACAGUACCUUUUUCUCUCUGACCCAUGGCAAAAAGUGUAGAAUUGCAGGAAAUUCAUUUUAAAACAGCAACAUUUUUCUCUUCGCCUCAUGACAAAAUGUGUAGAAUAGCAUUAUAAAACUGCAAUGUUGAAAUGCAGAAAGUUCAUUGUUUUCUCCAAAAAAUAUAUGUUUUCCUAAAAAAUUGUAAUACAAGGGGGGCCAGAUGGAGUUGGCGGUAGGGUGGGGUGGAGAGUGCUGACCUGGCCUCUGGUGGGGAGUGCUGACCUCGCCUCUGGCCUCCCAGGCAGGAACAGGGUUACGUAAACGAAAAACACUCAAUCAUCCCAUUUUGAAUGUAUUUGAUCCCAUUUUGAAUUUAUUUGAUCUAGUUUUGCAACCAAUGCCUAGUUGUUUUCGCCUUUUUGCUGUUUUUUUGGUGUGAAUCAAGUUAUAUUACACACAAAAUCCCAAGCUGUACUUUGUCAAUGGAGACCACAGGAUUUCUACAAAAUUGCUUUGACAUUAAGAUGAUUGAGAUGAGAUGGCUAUACACACUAUUGAGAACGUACAGUAUUAUAUUGACCUGGUUGCUGUGUUGUCUUGUUGCAGAGUGGCAGUGAUGCGGGGAAGGGCACCAGUAAAGGAGAGACCCCUGUGGAACUGAAAGACCCCAAAACAGAACGCAGUCUGGAAGAGAGCAGGAAACUCAUUCUGCUGUGGGCCAAUGAGCUCAACAGCGUCGACAAGGUGAGAAAAAACGAAUACUUACUUUUUUUUGUGUAUUCUAUCAAACGUUCGCUUGAAGUAUCAUAUCUAGGCAUUUUAAGUCAAUUGAUUCAUAAUUAUUCAUUAAUAUAUUACAUUGAAUUUGACUGAAAACAUUCAACUGUAUUCCUCUGUGCCUCCUCAGCUGGCGAAGUCUAGCCCCUGGGUGCAGGAGAGAUGUGAGGAGGAGGAAGACGAAAACAAGGAUGGAGAGGACCCCAAUGAGGAAAUGCAGCAGAGGAUCAUGGAAUGGGCCAAGGAGCUGCAGAGUGCCUCAGAGGUGAUAGGUCAGGGGUGAGGGGUCAAGGUCAAGGAUACAAAUGUAUAUGAGACACAAAGGGACACUACCGAGGAUGGAAAUGGGGGAAAUACUGUGUUCCAAACUGUUGGAAAUUUGUAUAACCUAGCAUUCAAACAGCCUUGGUUAACUGCUAUCUGCAAAUUUGCUACCAAAUAGAGCCAUUUAGCAUAGGGGCUAAAAGGUCGAAAAAGUGUGAUAGGAGACUCAUAGAGAUGACUUGGUAUUAACGUUUGUCUGGCUAUCUGUCUACAUAGAGUUGUGGGGUGCAGAGCAAUGAGCUAGGCAAUGUUCUGCGUCUGCUGGGUCUGAGGAAGAAGAGACUGAUCAACCUCCUGCCCUUACUGGAGUUCAUUACUUGGUCACUGCUCAAGGAGGACUGCAAGGUGAGACGACACACACACACAAGCAAACACAAAAACACACACACCUCCCCAAAAAUGGAGGAAAAAAGUGGUCAACACUAAGUUAGAGAACUAGUUUAAUAGGGCUCCUCUCAUAAAACAUAACUCAGAAUGUUAUGUACAACGUCUUCUUUUCUGAAGUCGUACACUUGCCUGAAUCCAUUGUAAUUAGCAAUGUUCCCUCUUAAACGUAGAUUGAGAAUCAGCUAUACAAUUAUAUAGGCUACAUGCUCAAAUAGGCAUACAGUGCCUUCAGAAAGUAUUCACACCCCUUGACGUUAUUCCACAUUUUGUUGUGUUACAAAAGUGGGAUUAAAAUGGAUUUAAUUGUCAUUUUUUUGUCAAUGAUCUACACAAAAUACUCUAACGUCAAAUAAAUAAUUAUGAAGAAAAAAAACACUAAUAUAUUUUGAUUACAUAAGUAUUCAACCCCCUGAGUCAAUACAUGUUAGAAGAACCUGUUGGCAGCGAUUACAGCUGAGUCUUUCUGGGUACAUCUCUAAUAGCUUUGCACACCCGGAUUGUACAAUAUUUGCACAUUAUAAUUGUUUUAAUUCAAAUUGGUUGUUGAUCAUUUCUAGGCAGCCAUUUUCAAGUCUUGCCAUAGAUUUUUAAGCCGAUAUACACUACCGUUCAAACGUUUGGGGUCACUUAGAAAUGUCCUUGUUUUCGAAAGAAAAGCAAUUUUGCUGUCCAUUUAAAAUAACAUCAAAUUGAUCAGAAAUACAGUGUAGACAUUGUUAAUGUUGUAAAUGGCUAUUGUAGCUGGAAAUGGCUGAUUUUUUUAGGGAAUAUCUACAUAGGCGUACAGAGGCUCAUUAUCAGCAACCAUCAUUCUUGUGUUCCAAUGGCACGUUGUGUUUGCUAAUCCAAGUUUAUCAUUUUAAAAAGGCUAAUUGAUCAUUAGAAAACCCUUUUGCAAUUAUGUUAGCACAGCUGAAAACUGUUGUGCUGAUUAAAGAAGCAAUCAAACUGGCCUUCUUGAGACUAGUACACGCAAAACACCAGUCUCAAUGUCAACAGUGAAGAGGCGACUCCGGGAUGCUGACCUAGGCAGAGUUGCAAAGAAAAAGUCCAGUGGCUGUGUUCUUUUGUCCAUCUUAAUCUUUUCUUUUAAUUGGCCAGUCUGAGAUAUGGCUUUUUCUUCGCAACUCUGCCAAGAAGGUCAGCAUCCCGGAGUUGCCUCUUCACUGUUGACGUUGAGACUGGUGUUUUGCGGGUACUACUUAAUGAAGCUGCCAGUUGAGGACCUGUGAGGCAUCUGUUUCUCAAACUAGACACUCUAAUGUAUUUGUCCUCUUGCUCAGUUGUGCACCGGGGCCUCCCACUCCUCUUUCUAUUCUGGUUAGAGCCAGUUUGCGCUGUUCUGUGAAGGGAGUAGUACACAGCGUUGUACGAGAUCUUCAGUUUCUUGGCAAUUUCUCGCAUGGAAUAGCCUUAAUUUCUCAGAACAAGAAUAGACUGACGAGUUUCAGAAGAAAGUUCUUUGUUUCUGGCCAUUUUGAGCCUGUAAUCGAACCCACAAUUGCUGCUGCUCCAGAUACUCAACUAGUCUCAAGAAGGCCAGUUGUAUUGCUUCUUUAAUCAGCACAACAGUUUUCAGCUGUGCUAAAAUAAUUUCCAAAGGGUUUUCUAAUGAUCAACUAGCCAUUUAAAAUGAUAAACUUGGAUUAGCAAACACAAUGUGCCAUUGGAACACAGGACUGAUGGUUGCUGUAGGCCUAUGUAGAUAAUCCAUAAAUAAUCAGCCGUUUCCAGCUACAAUAGCCAUUUACAACAUUAACAAUGUCUAAACUGUAUUUCUGAUCAAUUUGAUGUUAUUUUAAUAGACAAAAAAUUUGAUUUUUUUCGAAAACAAGGACAUUUCAAAUUGACCCCAAACUUUUGAACGGUAGUGUAAGUAAAGUUGUCCUUGUGUUUUAAGUUAUUGGUGUGCUGAAAGGUGAAUUUGUCUCCCAGUGUCUGUUGGAAAGCAGACUGAACCAGGUUUUCCUUUAGGAUUUUGCUUGUGCUUAGCUUUAUUUUAAUUUUUUAUCCUAAAAAACUCCCUAUUCCUUGCCGAUGACAAGCAUACCCAUAACAUGAUGCAGCCACCACCAUGCUUGAAAAUAUGAAGAGUGGUACUCAGUGAUGUGUUUUGUUGGAUUUGCCCCAAACAUAACGCUUUGUAUUCAGGGCAUAAAGUUAAUAUCUUUGCCACAUUUUCUGAAGUUUGCCUUAUUGCAAACAAGAUGCAUGUUUUGGAAUAUUUGUAUUCUGUACAGGCUUCCUUCUUUUCCCUCUACCAAUUAGGUUAGUAUUGUGGCGUAACUACAAUAUUGUUGAUCCAUCCUCAGUUUUCUCCUAUCACAGCCAUUCAACUCUGUAAUUGUUUUAAAGUCACCAUUGGCCUCAUGGGGAAAUCCCUGAGUGGUUUUCUUCCUCUCCGGCAACUAAGUUAGGAAGGACGCCUGUAUCUUUGUAGUGACUAGGUGUAUUGAUACACCAUCCAAAGUGUAAUUAAUAACUUCACCAUGCUCAAGGGGGGAUUCAAUGUCUGCUUUUUUUUUUUACCCAUCUACCAAUUAGGUGCCCUUCUUUGCGAGGCAGUGGAAAAUCUCCCUGGUUUUUGUGGUUGAAUCUGUGUUUGAAAUUCCCUGCUCGACUGAGGGACCUUACAGAUAAUUGUGCGGGGUACAGAGAUGAGGUAGUCAAUAAAAACUCAUGUUAAAAACUAUUAUUGCACACACAGUCCAUGGAAUGUAUUAUGUGACUUAUUAAGCAAAUUUGUACUCCUGAACUUAUUUAGGCUUGCCAUAACAAAGGGGUUGAAUACUUAUUGACUCAAGACAUUUCAGCUUUUCACUUUUAAUUAAUUUGUAAAAUUCAUUUUUUACAUUAUCGGGUAUUUUGUGUAGGCCAGUGACAAAAAAAUCAAAUCCAUUUUAAAUGCAGGCUGUAACACAACAAAAUGUGGAAAAAGUAAAGGGGUGUGAAUACUUUCUGAAGGCACUGUAUAUACAGUUGAAGUCGGAAGUUUACAUACACUUAGGUUGGAGUCAUUAAAACUAAUUUUUUCAACCACUCCACAAAUUUCUUGUUAACAAACUAUAGUUUUGACAAGUCGGUUAGGACAUCUACUUUGUGCAUGACACAAGUCAUUUUUCCAACAAUUGUUUACAGACAGAUUAUUUCACUUAUAAUUCACUGUAUCACUCUUCCAGUGGGUCAAAAGUUUACAUACACUAAGUUGACUGUGCCUUUAAACAGCUUGGAAAAUUCCAGAAAAUGAUGUCAUGGCUUUAAAAGCUUCUGAUAGGCUCAUUGACAUAAUUUGAGUCAAUUGUAGGUGUAACUGUGGAUGUAUUUCAAGGCCUACCUUCAAACUCAGUGCCUCUUUGCUUGACAUCAUGGGAAAAUCAAAAGAAAUCAGCCAAGACUUCAGAAAACACAAUUGUAGACCUCCACAAAUCUGGUUCAUCCUUGGGAGCAAUUUCCAAACGCCUUAAGGUACCACGUUCAUCUGUACAAACAAUAGUACUCAAGUAUAAACACCAUGGGACCACGCAGCCGUCAUACCGCUCAGGAAGGAGACGCAUUCUGUCUCCUAGAGAUGAACGUACUUUGGUGCGAAAAGUGCAAAUCAAUCCCAGAACAACAGCAAAGGACCUUGUGAAGAUACUGUAGGAAAAAAAGUAUCUAUAGCCACAGUAAAACGAGUCCUAUAUCGACAUAACCUGAAAGGAUCGCUCAGCAAGGAAGAAGCCACUGUUCCAAAACCGCCAUAAAAAAGCCAGACUACGGUUUGCAACUGCACAUGGGGACAAAGAUCUUACUUUUUGGAGAAAUGUCCUCUGGUCUGAUGAAACAAAAAUAGAACUGUCUGGCCAUAAUGACCAUCGUUAUGUUUGGAGGAAAAAGGGGGUUGCUUGCAAGCCGAAGAACACCAUCCCAACUGUGAAGCACGGGGGUGGCAGCAUCAUGCUGUGGGGGUGCUUUGCUGCAGGAGGGACUGGUGCACUUCACAAAAUAGAUGGCAUCAUGAGGAAGGAAAAUUAUGUGGAUAUAUUGAAGCAACAUCUCAAGACAUCAGUCAGGAAGUUAAAGCUUGGUUGCAAAUGGGUCUUCCAAAUGGACAAUGACCCCAAGCAUACUUCCAAAGUUGUGGCAAAAUGGCUUAAGGACAACAAAGUCAAGGUAUUGGAGUGGCCAUCACAAAGCCCUGACCUCAAUCCUAUAGAACAUUUGUGGGCAGAACUGAAAAAGCGUAUGCGAGCAAGGAGUCCUACAAACCUGACUCAGUUUCACCAGCUCUGUCAGGAGGAAUUGGCCAAAAUUCACCCAGCUUAUUGUGGGAAGCUUGUGGAAGGCUACCUGAAACAUUUGACCCAAGUUAAACAAUUUAAAGGCAAUGCUACCAAAUACUAAUUGAGUGUAUGUAAACUUCUGACCCACUGGGAAUGUGAUGAAAGAAAUAAAAGCUGAAAUAAAUAAUUCUCUCUACAAUUAUUCUGACAUUUCAUAUUCUUAAAAUAAAGUGGUGAUCCUAACUGACCUAAGACAGGGAAUGUUUACUAGGAUUAAAUGUCAGGAAUUGUAAAAAACUGAGUUUAAAUGUACUUGGCUAAGGUGUACAUAAACUUCCGACUUCAACUGUAUCUACCUAUGGUGUUAUGAAAGCAGCUUGCAUAACCAGUGAUACACUGCUACACAAAGAAUGCUGUAAAUAGUGUUGGAGGUGCACAAAUAAUGACAAGGUUUAUGGUGGAAGCGUGACACAUAUGACUUAUUACUUACUGUACAUACCCCUGGUCCACAGUAAAUCUAGGACUCAAUCAAUCAUAAUCAAGUUUUUCCAUGUCAAUAUUUGCUCAAGGUACUACUUACAGUGGGUAAAAAAAAGUUUUUAGUCAGCCACCAAUUAUGCAAGUUCUCCCACUUAAAAAGAUGAGAGAGGCCUGUAAUUUUCAUCAUAGGUACACGUCAACUAUGACAGACAAAUUGAGAGAGAAAAAAAUCCAGAAAAUCACAUUGUAGGAUUUUUAAUGGAUUUAUUUGCAAAUUAUGGUGGAAAAUAAGUAUUUGGUCACCUACAAACAAGCAAGAUUUCUGGCUCUCACAGACCUGUAACUUCUUCUUUAAGAGGCUCCUCUGUCCUCCACUCGUUACCUGUAUUAAUGGCACCUGUUUGAACUUGUUAUCAGUAUGAAAGACACCUGUCCACAACCUCAAACAGUCACACUCCAAACUCCACUAUGGCCAAGACCAAAGAGCUGUCAAAGGACACCAGAAACAAAAUUGUAGACCUGCACCAGGCUGGGAAGACUGAAUCUGCAAUAGGUCAGCAGCUUUGUUUGAAGAAAUCAACUGUGGGAGCAAUUAUUAGGAAAUGGAAGACAUACAAGACCACUGAUAAUCUCCCUCGAUCUGGGGCUCCACGCAAGAUCUCACCCCGUGGGGUCAAAAUGAUCACAAGAACGGUGAGCAAAAAUCCCAGAACCACACGGGGGGACCUAGUGAAUGACCUGCAGAGAGCUGGGACCAAAGUAACAAAGCCUACCAUCAGUAACACACUACGCCGCCAGGGACUCAAAUCCUGCAGUGCCAGACGUGUCCCCCUGCUUAAGCCAGUACAUGUUCAGGCCUGUCUGAAGUUUGCUAGAGUGCAUUUGGAUGAUCCAGAAGAGGAUUGGGAGAAUGUCAUAUGGUCAGAUGAAACCAAAAUAGAACUUUUUGGUAAAAACUCAACUUGUCGUGUUUGGAGGACAAAGAAUGCUGAGUUGCAUCCAAAGAACACCAUACCUACUGUGAAGCAUGGGGGUGGAAACAUCAUGCUUUGGGGCUGUUUUUCUGCAAAGGGACCAGGACGACUGAUCCGUGUAAAGGAAAGAAUGAAUGGGGCCAUGUAUCGUGAGAUUUUGAGUGAAAACCUCCUUCCAUCAGCAAGGGCAUUGAAGAUGAAACGUGGCUGGGUCUUUCAGCAUGACAAUGAUCCCAAACACACCGCCCGGGCAACGAAGGAGUGGCUUCGUAUGAAGCAUUUCAAGGUCCUGCAGUGGCCUAGCCAGUCUCCAGAUCUCAACCCCAUAGAAAAUCUUUGGAGGGAGUUGAAAGUCUGUGUUGCCCAGCGACAGCCCCAAAACAUCACUGCUCUAGAGGAGAUCUGCAUGGAGGAAUGGGCCAAAAUACCAGCAACAGUGUGUGAAAACCUUGUGAAGACUUACAGAAAACGUUUGACCUGUGUCAUUGCCAACAAAGGGUAUAUAACAAAGUAUUGAGAAACUUUUGUUAUUGACAAAAUACUUAUUUUCCAUCAUCAUUUGCAAAUAAAUUCAUUAAAAAUCCUACAAUGUGAUUUUUCUGGAUUUUCUUUUCUAAUUUCGUCUGUCAUAGUUGACGUGUACCUAUGAUGAAAAUUACAGGCCUCAUCUUUUUAAGUGGGAGAACUUGCACAAUUGGUGGCUGACUAAAUACUUUUUUUCCCCACUGUAUUUGUUCACAUAUGGUAUAGAAAUUAGAAGGAUUAACUUUAGUUACAGCAAAAAGGUAUUUUUAAAAAUGUAAUUCUACGGUAGUUAAACCACCAUAUCAAUGCCUAUAUUUCAAUUCAAUAGUUACUAAUAAUGGUGGAAUAUUGCAGUACAAAACAUUACAAAUGAACAUCACAAGACAGUCCUCCCAAACCUACCUGUCUCAUCCCACCUAGAGUACAGUGAAUGAUUGACCGUUGUCUUGUCUAAACUUCACGUCCGCUGUACCUUUACCUCGUUGUGAUAAGGCCCCAGGUCAUAUGAUAUAGUGCAAUAAAACAUCAUGUACAGAACAUUGCCAAUCUAGCAUGUCAUUUACAUCAUACACUUACUGUAUGUAUCAGCAUAACCUGUAUUUUAUAGGUGUUAUCUGCCUGUGGGUAUUGGUUGAGAAGAACAUGUAUGUGCUUGAAUGUGCUGACCUAGUUUGUGUCACUUAAGCAAUAAGGCACAAGGAGGUGUGGUAUAUGGCCAAUAUACCACGGCUAAGGGCUGUUUUUAAGCACGAUGCAAUGCGGAGUGCCUGGAUACAGCCCUUAGCCAUGGUAUAUUGGCCAUAUACCACAAACCUCCGAGGUACCUUAUUGCUAUUAUAAACUGGUUACCAACGUAAUUAGAGCAGUACAAAUAAAUGUUUUGUCAUACCUGUGGUAUACGGUCUGAUAUACCACGGCUGUCAACCAAUCAGCAUUCAGUGCUCAAACCACACAGUUUAUAAUUAGAUUUAUACCAUUUCAGCUCACAGUAAUAAGAUGGAAAUGAAACUAUUAAAGACAAUUCUUUACCUAUGUUCAUAAACUCUCUGUGUUUCUAUUUUCAGGGUGGCAUUCCUCAGCUGUGGCUGUCAGCAAAGCAGCGCACCUGGAAGGCAGGCACUCCAACAUACAUCCCUAACUCAGUGUGGAACUGGAUGAUCAGUGCAUCAGGUAACUAUCCUUCUAUUUGGACACAUGUUUUAAUUUGAACUGUUAAUAAAAAAGAAAAGAAAAGAAGCACAGAAAAAAAGAAUACAUUUAAAGCAUUUUCAUACAUUUUGACCAAACUUUAAACUACAACAAAAUAUUGGUACUACUAGCAUAGAAAUUAAGAAGAGUGGAAAAUGGAUGACAGAAUGUUAUUUAAAAUGGAGAAAGUACAACAUGUGUAGCACAUUUCAGAAAGUUACCAACUCUCUCCCCCUCCUCCCUGUAGCCGAUGUGACCUUUGACCCCAUGACCAACCACCUGUGGCUCCAGCUCUCAGAUGACCACCGGAAGGUCCAGGAGGGCAUCUCCGAGUCCAAUCUGCCCUUCAGUCCCCAGCGCUUCGACACCUGGCCUGGUGUGCUGGGCUGGGAGGGAUACGCCUCCGGACGGCACUACUGGGAAGUCGACAUAGCCAACAACGGCUACUGGCGGGUCGGCCUGACCACGGCGAGCGCCAAACGCCACGGCCGCUUCCCUAUUAGCCCCCAGACGGGCUACUGGACCCUGUGGCGCAGCACGCACCAGUUCUACGCCUGUACCAAGCCUGAGACGCCCCUGCCCCUGGGUCUGGUGGCCCGCCGGUUGGGGAUCUAUCUAGACUACGAGGAAGGACAGAUCUCCUUCUACAACGCAGAGACCAAGUCGCACAUCUAUACAUUCACGGGCACCUUCAAAGAGAAGCUGUACCCAGUGUUUGCCCCGCUGGACGGGCGCACACUCAUCACCGUCAUCUCGCCACACACGGUCUCUAAAUUUUGAAGACAUCAUGGGUCUUUGGUUCGGAGGUUCUCUCCAACAUAAGCUGACUGCAGACCUGGUUUUCCUUUGCCUUUCAAUCACUGGCUUAUUUGGACUUGGAAAACCAGGUAUAUCUGGUUAAUCAAUAAGAUGAAUUUAUCAAUGAAGUACCAAGAAUAAGAGAAAAACCAUUGGAGAAGAGUUUGAGCAGUUGACAUUUUGACCCGCAAAGACUUGGGUUGAGCUUGGGCUUUCCCUGUUUCGACAACAGUCGGCCUAGACACUUGGUCUAGACACUUGGACCCUUAUAAAUCUUAAGAGCUGGAUGGGAAGAAGGCAACUUCACACCCUAAAAAAAAUAAAAAUGAAUUGGACAACCUAGAUUUAAACAAAUGUUUGAAAAGCCCCAAGUUUGAAUACGCUUAAAAAGAAUGUAUCCAAAUACUGUAUAGGAAUUGCAUUAUGAUACUGAAACAGCUAGUUAAAUGGAAGACGGGAAAUGUAUACUGAGGAAAACUAGUUAUUUUAAAUCUACCUACAGUAUAUCUAUAUAUUGCAGUGUAUCUAUUUACCUAUAUUCAGUAUCUAUAUCUUAUGUCUUCAUAUAUUUAUGCAAUUUCAUAAUCUGUAUACAGUGCCUUCAGAAAGUAUU